AUGAGGUCGCCAUUCUUUCGCUCCCUCAAUGACAUGCUGUCCAGAAACAACCGCCUAAUCCAGUCCUUCGUAGUCGCUGAGAUUCCCGCGGCUCUGCUUUAUCUCCUGUGUCCCGUAUUGACUAUUGCCGUGUUUGCGCUACUGGGCGCUAUUCAGGACUGGUGGGCAUCCGGGGUGCUAUGGAUGCUUGUGAUAGCCAGGUCGAUCAAUGUGGUCGUCAUCAAGCAGAGAAACGUGAAAGGAUGGAAAGGCCCGGAUCGCUGGGUGAUGGGGAGUGAUCCCAUCAUCAUCCGAGGCCCUGCUUUGAUGCCCGCUCAGAAAAAAAUUUCACCCAUGUUCAGCACAUCCUCCAUCUCCCGUCACCAUAUCACACUUGAGGCCGCCGGACUCGUCGCCCUUGCCGAUCUCUCCAUUGUCGCAGUGAGGACAGCGCUAACAGGAACAGCCUCCCCCCUCGAUGUCCUCCUCCUCGCACCCGGCAUGCACCAACAGCAAUCUGCAGAAGAAGUCAAUCGCGGCGAAUUUCCAACGACUGGGGCGAUAACCACCGGGUACGUCUUCCGCGUCGAGAACCCCGCCACUGUCAGCUAUCUGCAGCGCAUCGGUCGCACGGGCCACCUCGUCACCGCCAGGGUAUCCAUGAACCCGUCCCGCGACGCCUCUUUAUCCCGGUACGACCGUCUCCUUCAAUCCUUGUUCGUCACCGGCGUCCCCGCGACGCUACUGUACCUCCUCAGCCCGGUCCUGACCGUCGUCGUACUUGCAUUACUCGGCGCCAUACAAGAUUGGUGGGGAUUCUGGGUGCUUGGGAUGCUGAUAGCAGCCCGCGUGAUCAAUGUGAUCAUCAUCAGGCGGAGGAGCAAAGACUCGAAAGAGUGGAAGGGCGCGCCGGAGGAGGGCGAGGGCGAUCUGCUCAUUCUCCUGAGCCAGGAUCGCUGGGUGCGCUUGCGAGGGUCGUUGCAUGAUAUCAAGACUGUGACGGCGGGUGAAUGGUUGCGAGAUCAAGGCACAGUCGAGAGUUUCUUUGUGGCGCUCGCUACGCUGCUGGUGUAUGCGGCUGCGGCGCUGGCCGGGAACGCGUCGAUGAUGGGGAGCUUGCUUAUCGCUUGUCUCCUGCUCUGUUCUGCCGCGCUCUUGGGCUUGUGUAAUUCCUGGACCAGGUGUUUGCAGAUGUAUGAUUGCAUUGUGUGGAAGGAGGGGAUAUCGGAGAGGUAUCAGAGGAGGUUGGAUAUGGUCGAGGAUUUGAUUCUGGCGAGCGGGAAGAGUGAGUGGGCAUUUGAGAUGGGGUUGAAGAGGCAUGUUAAGUCAGAGGCUUCUGUUGGGUUUGACUCGGAGUCCUGCCUAUCGAGUCCUAGGCAUAGUAUCGAUGAACAGAAGUGCUAA